ACCCAACCCUCUUGCCGUUCAAGCCUCUGAUGUCGAUUUGAGAAAAGCCACCAACCAACGGAGGCUGCUCCACGCGAAGGCAUCGUGAUGCCCUCGGUUGGAAAUCAAUAAUUGGGAUUGCAUUGUCAUGCGGGAGAGCGAAUUGCGCAGGUUAGGCUGAAGCAGAGAAGUUGGAGGGGGGUUCAAGUUGGGUGGCAAGCCGCAUGAAUUUCGAGCCGGGAUGUUCCCGGGAGAAUGUAUCAACUUGGAUAAACUCACGAGGCACAAUAAUAACAAACCAGGGAGUGGUCGGAGAAAAAGAAGAGUCCCCAUUUCCACCAGACUCAGGGGCCCCUUGCCCGACUCUCCGUCUCUCCACCAGAAGAGCUGAGAACAGCUAACAAAGGAAUCGGCUCUUCUAGUGGUCCCUGGUCGGUGGUCCCGGUCCAGGGACUUGGCUCAGAAGAAUCAGAACCCAGCCAGUUAGGUGAACUGCGCAUUCGUUAGCUUCAGAUGUUUUUAUUUGUCAACAGCACGCCGUCACCUUAAGCCCGAUUUGGCGAUGGAAGCCAUGGUGUGCGCGACGGAGAUACAUAUGAAUCCACAGAGAACAGACUAGGCAUGGCAAAAACUUUGGCACAACGCUAACUCCAUGCUGUGUUAGUCGUCAAAUAGCUAGGGACAAGAAAUUUCAAAACUGGCGAGGGCAGAGGAUACAUAUAUAAAAUGGUUGCAUCGCCCCUGUUGGCUUGAUGUUUUCUGCUUUGCCGACCCGAGAUACAAAGCCAUUAUCAUAGUGCUAAUUUGCUCCUUUUUCCAACUCUUGGGCGUAAGCUGACGUGCCCAACAAAAAAAAAAAAAAAAAAAAAAAAAAGGGAACACUGAGGACAACAUCUGCAUUCCCAUAUAGUCACGAUGAUGAAGUCUAUAUUCUUCACGCUUUCCCUAGCAGCACUGGGCAUGGCGCAGUCAUCUACAGUUCCCUUGCCUCCAACGACUACGGCGGCCGGCCCGGUCACUGUCUUCAACCUCCUCGUUCCCGCCGCCUCUCCUGUGCCCUCCGAAGUAUCUAUCGUUGACGUUGGCAAAGAUGCUAUUACAUUCGCCGUAGAUAUUGGUUGUUUGCCAAACCUCAUCAGCGGCCGCUGUGAAGAAAUCGAGGAGUUUGACGUUGCCACAAUCAUACAAGGCCCCGAGACUUACGCGCAGUCUGCAUCGUUAUCUGGAAUUGGUAUUGAUGCCGCCUGUUCCCUCGGCGGCACUACAUCUGCAGCAUGCACAUUUAUAGUGGAGUCGGCUGGCAUAGAAGCCACUCUCAAGACUACAUUGUCCGGAAGUGAAAUCGAGACUGCAUUCAUACCUGUCACGGCCACCGCUGGUAUUGAGAAGCUGGCUGAUGGGGCACCAAAUGCCGGGCCGAGAGAGACUGGGAACAUCAAUUGGGUGAUUGGUGGUGCAGCUGCGGCGCUUGCGAUGGCUGCCGCGAUAUAAGUAUAGGAGAAGAUAUUAUUGUUGAGAUUGGGAAAAACAACUAAAAAAAAUCCAAAAUGACUUCGAGAUAUCAUGAGGUCUGGCGGCUUUUAAGGAGCCUGACUUUCUCUCUUUUUUGCCCUCGUUUUCUCUUUUUUCUUCAACUCAGUCAGUAUAUGUAUGAUUCAUAUGAUUCCCCCCCCCUCUUGGGUUUUGAUUUUCUUGGUUUGGCGAAUUGUGCAUUUUGAGAUGUUUGUAUUGGGAGUGAAUGCCGCCUACUAAAGAAGUUUAAACUGGAUGAAUUUUAUCUUCUUUCACAGCCUGAGUUCUAUGAAACAAACUGUGUCGUCAACCGAUAUUUUAUUUGUUGACUCGUCGAUCAGCUAUUAGUGGAGGAUCCGACAUCUCGUUGACGAUAAAUACUCCUGUCACUAUACAUUGGCGCUCGGUUAGGUUGAGUUUCCCAGAGCUCCUGCGAUUGCUCUCCCUUCCUCCUAUGUGUGCUGGUAUGGUAUGCCAUUACGCAGCGGUAGGAGGAAUAGCUUACGAUUCAAAUCAUAUCGCCGUCUGAAUCCCCGCGGCGCAGUUUCCUGUCGUCAUCAACGCUGUAAAUAAAUUGCGCCUCAAUCCUUUGGCAUUGUGUGAAUCGGGAGCUUUGCUAUUCGCAGCUAGCUGCUUUCUUUACCGCGUUCUCUGGAUACGUAUAUAUAUGGGUGGUGGAUAUAGAUGAUAAACUUGCACAACUGGCAUUUGGUUUUGGGGCCCCAGCACCUCCUGCUGAAGUUUGCGAGCAUAUAAUAUAAUAUACUAUGUUCGCCUGUACGGAGUACAGAACAUUUGUAUAUAACACAGCGGGCGGUCUAGAUGUUCAGCGCCGGCCUUUAACAAUUUGACAAAGCUCAAGCAAAGUUGGCUCAAGAGGGACCUCACUUUUCUAUAGUUAAUCAAUCUUUCAGUGGUCAAGUUGAGCAGUCAGAAACAUUACUUUCUUGGAUCAGUAGUACACCCGCUUGUUGUAGGAUUAAUGACCUUGUUGCCCGGGGAUAGUUAGUCAAGGUGUACAGAGUAAAUGAGGUGUGUGGCCUAAAUCACCUUUUCACUGUUGCUUCAAACGCGAGAAUGUUCACCGAUACCCCCAUAAUGAUAUUUAGUAUGCCACUAAAAUAUUAGGGGGACCCUAACGAAAAUACCGGGAUAACCAGCGUAGAGUAUACUAAUAAUAGGAGGUCGUGAGAUGCUUGGAACGGGUCCU